AUGUCUUCGGAGCUCAGGUAUACUGCAAAUACCCAACUGGAACAUUUGCACGCUCGGUAUACUGGUACUGGCCAUGCAGAUUUGUCGAAAUAUGAUUGGCUUACCCACCAGCACCGCGACACGCUUGCAUCGAUUGUAGGACACCCGACUCUCUCCUCUUUUUUGGCUAUUGCGGACAGCGAAGCUAUUGGCAGAGUGAAGUUUGAAAUGACUGAGCGUAUGCUACAACCCUGCGGCCCGCCUCCACGCAAGGAUGACGAUUGA